GGGAACAUCAGCGCGACGUCCAAGUCGCUGCUCUGCGAUGGGGGAGGGGAGCGCAGGGCCAGGACCCAGGUCCUUGGAGACGCGAGCCCAAAUCGCCCAGGGAGGUCCGGUUUGGGGCGGCAGGAGGACUGAACCAGGACUUACCCGAAGUUGCCGCGGGGCCUUCCGAUCCCCUAGGCCAUCGCCCAAGUCUGGCCAGGCUGAUGGGACCAGCGAGGAGUCUCUGCACCUUGACAUUCAGAAACUGAAGGAGAAGAGGGACAUGCUGGAUGAGGAGAUCUCCCAGUUCAUAUCUGAAGGCUACAGUGUGGAUGAACUGGAGGACCACAUUACCCAGCUUCACGAGUACAAUGACAUCAAGGAUGUGGGGCAGAUGCUGAUGGGCAAACUAGCUGUGAUCCGAGGUGUCACCACCAAAGAGUUGUAUCCAGAGUUUGGGCUGGACAUGAAUGACUGAGCGGGCUCAUCGCCCCUUGUCCACAGUUCCCAGGGACAGAAGGGUGUGGACAUGAUAAACGCCGAGAGCCCAACCAGCACACCUACAGAGUUUCCAGCGAGAAAAUGCCAGAAGCGCUUUUCUAGAGAGCCCAAGCUGAAUCAGGAGGAGCCUAGAGAAGAGGCAGGCAGGGAGGAAGGGGCGUUCCCAGCUCCAAGGUUCCUGAAAUGUCGCAGUGAUACUUAUAUAGGGGUACAUGUACUUUGUCAAUAAACAUAUCUGUACACUGAU